GUCGGGGAGGCUCGCCUCUCCGGCCGGCCCUGUAAGCCCCACAGGCGCGCCCCCACCCGCCACCCCCCCUCCGUCUCUCUCCUUCCCACCUGCCAGAACUUCUCCCAUGUGCCGUCAUGAGGCGAGCGCUCCGCUCCGGACUGGGCGCUGCUACGGCGCUUGUCCUGACAGCCUGCGCCUCUCUCUGCACAGGCUUAACAUGUGUGUGCCAAUUGUGUGACAAAACAAACUUCACUUGUGAAACAGAGGGAGCAUGUUGGACUUCUGUCAUGCUAACGAAUGGUCGGCAAGAAGUAAUAAAGGCAUGUGUUUCCCUACCGCAGCUGAAGGCACAGAUCUUCUGCCACAGUUCUAAGAAUGUAACCAGGACAGAAUGCUGCUUCACAGAUUUCUGCAACAAUGUCACCAUUUACCUGCCCACAGGUCAAGAACCUUCAAACAAAUCAAAGCUAGGACCUGUGGAGCUGACUGUAGUUAUAACCAUACCGGUGUGUGUGUUGUCUAUUGUUUUCCUGCUGGCAGCAUACACCUGCCAAGGAUACCUCUGCAGACACAGAAAGAAAAGAAGGCCAAAUAUUGAAGAGCCUCUCUCUGAGUGUAAUCUGGUGAACCCAGGAAGAUCUCUCAAAGAUCUAAUUUUUGACAUGACAACAUCAGGUUCUGGAUCUGGUUUACCUCUCCUUGUCCAAAGGACAAUUGCAAGGACUAUUGUUCUUCAAGAAAUAGUUGGAAAAGGUCGAUUUGGCGAAGUCUGGCGUGGAAAAUGGUGUGGAGAGGAUGUUGCUGUGAAGAUCUUUUCUUCAAGAGAUGAAAGGUCUUGGUUUCGUGAAGCAGAAAUCUACCAGACAAUCAUGCUGAGACAUGAAAAUGUCUUGGGUUUUAUUGCUGCUGAUAACAAGGACAAUGGGACCUGGACUCAACUGUGGCUUGUAACUGAAUAUUAUGAGCAGGGCUCUUUGUUUGACUACUUAAACAGCAACACUGUGACGGCUGAUGAAAUGAUUAAGCUGACAUUUUCAAUAGCCAGUGGUCUAGCACAUCUGCACAUGGAAAUCGUUGGAACUCAAGGAAAGCCAGCUAUUUCACACAGAGACUUGAAAUCUAAAAAUAUCCUAGUCAAAAGGAACGAAAGCUGUGCUAUUGCUGAUUUGGGGCUAGCUGUGAAGCAUGACUCGGUAUUAAACACAAUUGACAUACCACAGAACCCUAGAGUAGGAACCAAGAGGUACAUGGCACCAGAAAUACUUGAUGAUACAAUGAACAUAAACAACUUCGAGUCUUUCAAGCGUGCAGAUAUCUACUCUCUUGGACUGGUGUAUUGGGAGAUAUCCAGAAGAUGCUUAGAUGGAGGAAUUAUGGAGGAGUACCAGUUACCUUAUUACGAUGCUGUGUCUUCUGAUCCUUCAAUAGAAGAAAUGAAAAAGGCAGUCUGUGAACAAAAGCUGAGACCAAAUAUUCCAAAUCAGUGGCAAAGCUGUGAGGCGCUCAGACUUAUGGGCCGAAUCAUGCGUGAGUGCUGGUUCACCAAUGGGGCAGCUCGACUGACAGCGCUUCGCAUUAAGAAGACAAUUUCUCAACACUGUGGACAAAAUUCCAAAGCUUAAAUUUACACGCCUUGUAAAAAUGGAACAGGAAAAUGCAUCUAUGUCUUUGUUGUUUUGUAUUGUCUUUGAUUUAGCUCUACCUCACAUGAUACUCAAAAUAGUACCGCAAAGCCCAAAUCCCAGAAUACCUGAAUGUAGCUUCAGAAUUAACUUUUGGUUGCUGAGUGAUGUGUGUCUUGUUUUGGCUCAUAAAGGAAAAAUGAUUUAUUUAUUUUAUGGGCAUAAUAAUUCAUAAAGUGAAUAAUUCAUCACAGUGUUGACAUGAUACUUUCUGCCAUGGCAGAAGAAGCUCCUGAGUCACAGAGAAUAUAUGAGAAGUGAACAUCAGUGAAAGUUUAUCCCCAUGGCAGAGCCCUGUUCUUGUUUGUGUUGGUGGUAUACAUGAAUUUGAUAAACUAAACCAAAAGUGGGCAACUUGUGAGUUAAUUUUAUCACACCUUCUGUCUAACUUCACUCUUAUACAAAAACUGCUUCCUUUUUGGUAAAAACUGUCUCUUCAUCCCCCUGGUUUUUAAAAAAGGAGAAAGGUUUAAAAUAGAUUUCUUGAUCUAUUUGUGGUGGAGCCCACUGCAUUCUGGAAAGUUAUCUCUGAAAGGGUGCAGCUUAUAAACACAAGAUUAUCUACUCUUCAAAGUAAACUCUGAGGAUAUUAAAUGCAUUGAAUCUUUGUUAAAAUAUAUUGGCUGCUGGCUUAUUUAAAACGUUUUACAAGUGAGCUUUUCAGGUCACUUCAAGAAUUGAGAAGUGAGACAUAAGAACUCUUGAGAUGUUGAGCCUAGAAGAUAUGGUUGACUGUAGACUUUCAUCAGAAGGUUUUCACAGGCUGUAUCUUCAUGUGAAUUAGAUUCACUUGGUGUUUUUUUUUUACUUUUUAUUUUCAGCCAGCAACGGUCCCUGCCUUAUUUUGUAGCAACCUUUUCCAUCUUUUGUUCAGGAAGCCCCUAGAGAAAAAUGAUCCUCCUCCCCACUAGGGGCAUUAAAAAUCCUCCCUUUCUAAUACCUUAAAGAAAACAUAGUAAUUUAUAACCAAAGGGGGAAAAAUGCAAGCACGCACCCUUGACAUUACCAAUAUAAAGAAUCAAAAGGAGAUGCUGCCAGUCAGAGCUGAUAUGAUUGGGUUGAGUGAGCCAAAGUUUUGGCUUUUCUGCAUUCCUAAGGAAGUAAGCAAGUGAGAAAAUGAGACCAAAUUAUCGAGGCAUUUUUCACAGAACUUUGUAGAAUUAGUGGUGCAAUAUGUAUGUGCGUGCGUGCGUGCGUGCAGGCACACAUAUGUAUAUAUGUGUAAUGUGUAUUUGUGUAUAUAUAUAUAUGCACACAUGCACAUAGAUUCUUAUUAAUCAAAUAAGAGUAAUUAAAUAGAACAUGCUUACUGUGAAAGUUGUUCUUAUAGUAUUAGUCACAUUAUAGAUGAUCAUUUAUUUAAAGCUUUAACCACCACAUUAUACUGUAGUUAAAUGUUGGAAAUUCUAUAUGUUACAUGUCUUUUAUCUUCAAAUUUCGGUCUAUGAACUAAAUGUUCUAAAUCUAAAGCAGUGUAAAGCGACAGAAUAAAUCUGGAAUGUCUGUUUUGUGGUGCCAAAAUUUAGAACAAAAACAUAAGGUCCUAGUUAAAAUACAUGAAAGGCUUACCUGACUUUUCACAAAGUGUGAGAGUGUUUGGCUAAAAAGAAAUACUAUUUUACACAACUCUGUAUUGAUCCAUAAUUUUGGUGGAAAAAAAUCACUAAAAAACCUGAAGUCUAAAAGAAUGUCAAAUAAUUGCAUGUAUCAGUAUUAAACUUCUGUAACUUUGAAAAAAAAAUGGAUGCAUAUAUAUUUUAAUAUGUCAUUCAGUUGUGAAAAUGCAGCUUUGAUAUUUAUUCUACAACCAGAGCUGGAUAGAUAUGCCUUUUUAAAAAAAGCUAAUUGUGUUAAGAUCUUCUCAUGCUUCAAUGUUUCCCAUGUGACCAAAGCCGACCAUGUAGGAAUAUAACAUGGGAACCAUAAUUCUCAUACGUACCCGUGGUUCACAUGAAUCUAAUGUGGCACAGGAUUGGCAAAUUUAAGGCAGCUCUUGGAUGGUUAUGGUUUGCAAGUGAAUGGCCUCAAUUAUUCCACUUCAUAAACUAUUUGAAUAGAGCAAAUAAGACCAAAUUGUUGCUGGUAUUUCUGGUUGUAACUAUCUCUGUGCAUGAGAGAGAAGGUGAACUGUUCCCAGUCAGACACCUAUGAUAUAUUCAGCCCAAAUAUUGAGUCACCAAAUUUCUAGGGGAAAAAGCUGUAGCUUAAAAGGUAUAGCAUAUACUUUGUAUGGAAGAAGCCCCAGAUUCUAAGGUGGGGCUAGAAAGAAUUUUGUUUAUCAGGGAACAAAACAUUACUUUGAGGUGAAAAAUGGUAUCACUUAUUUUAUUAUUUCUCUGUCUUUUAUGACAGGAAUCAAACCAGCCGUCUCAGGGAUGUUCAUAUUAAUUUUGGAGUCUUAAAAUGCAAAUAAGUAUGUUGACUUCUAUCUUUAUUUUUUUCCCUAAAAUCUAUCCAUCCCUAAGCCAAAAUUUCAACAGUAUAGUCAACCAUGAAAAUAGGAUUUUCAUUGAAGCUGACUCUUGUGAUGUAAAUGUAACCUGUGCCAAUACAACGGAAAUUUAUAAAUUGUUUAUUGUUAUCUUCACCAGCAUGGCAAUCAUUCUUUCAGCUUAAACUAGCUUUUAGCAUAAUCCUAGCCAAUUUGGGCUGAAUUCCAUAGCUAAACAAGAGCAGCCCUGGUUAGCAUUUGAACUGGAGCCAAUCCCAGGGUGUACAAAAUCAGAAUACAUCCCUCCCAAGGGAAAGCAGUGACAAACUAAUACUGUAACAAUCCUAAGAAAACAGUAUGGAUAUAGUCACUAGCCACUCGAUUCAAGGACCUUUAAUUAAUUAAGUUAGCCAUUAAUGAUAUUUAUGCUGAUAUUAAAACGAUUGAAUAUAUCUAAGAAAUGUGUGCCACAUAUUCAUGCACAGUGAUUGAUGAUGUUCCUUGUGUUUUAAUUUGAAUAGUCAUCUAAACACCCUGUGAUUGCUUACCUCUAAAUGGUCCAUUUAUGUACACAAGAAUCAUUUGAUGCUACAUUUCAAAAGUAAUAAACAAGCAAAACUGUGAACUGAUCCUGAGUCACCAAUGAUGACUUCUGAGAUGUAGAAGUAGUAUUCCUAGAUUUUCUGUAAUGUCACCCUUCUAUUUGUCAUUUGGCCAUUAUGCUUACAUUUUAAAACUAGAAUAACAUUCUGUUGCUGAAAUUGAUAUUGUUAUGUGAAAAUAGCAAGAGUGAGAAAUGACUUGCAUGUGACAAUCGUUGCUCAAAUUCUUUGUUCUUUAGGGACUGCUGAUAAAGGCUGAAAUCUAUAAAGUGUGCAGUUCUCACAUAUAAUUACCAUAGUUGCUUUACAGUUAACAGAAUGCUGCCGCAAACAGGAAGUUCGUGUUUUAAAAUAUUUUGUUAUGGAUAAGCUUGUGCUUUUCUUACUUGUAUGAAGUAAUCCAAAAGAAUCGAGCACUUCCCAUUCCUUACAGGCACCACAAUUUUAUGGCUUAGGCAGAAAAUAAGUAUUAAAUGCAUAAAAUAGUACUCAGAAAUGUGAUGAAAGUGCAAUACAUUAAAUCUGAAGAAAAUAUGUGUAAAUUUAUAUAGGAAGAAAUAAGUUCAAUGACGGUUGAUGAUGGAGUAGAACUCCAUUCUAGAAGGGGAAGAUGUAAAUUUUUAAUUGCAAAUGCCUAUAAAGAGUAUGUGUUAAGAAGAGAUUGCUCUUAAAACUUUGUUUAAGUAAAAUUAUGGAACUGAAUAAUAAAAUAAGCUUUAAUACUAUAAUUUGCUUUAACCUAGUGUAUACUAUCACAAGAAAUAUUUAUUUUUCAAACAAAUAGCUUUUACUAUUGCUGCUACUGCCUCUAGAUGUAAAUAAUAUGUCUGUUGUAUUUUUGUAUACUAUUUUUGCCUCUCAAAGCAUAUUUUUAAAGUGUCAAUUUUACAAUUUUAAUUUUUCUUUGCUGUUUUUGUGAAGCACAAUUUCUUAUAAACAAUAA